AUGGCCAACGUAGUGCGGCCGCGCGUGCCUUCUGCGACAGGCAAUGGUGAGCGCCAGACGCGCCUCAACUUCCAACCGAUACGUCGCGCGCCCGACGACGCCCCUCCCAAUAGCACCAGCACCACCCCUCCCUCUGUUGCGACCCGCCGGACUAGCAAGGGCAGCCAGCUGCUGGCCCUGGGCGACGACGAAAAGUCGGUCAAGCAGAUAACCCUCACGCCACCCAAACCUGCUGCUGCUACUGCUGCUGCUCCUGCUGCUGCUGCACCGCUAUCUCGCAUCAACUCGCGCAAGCGGCCACUGGCUGACGCGACAACGCCCGACACACGACCUCCCACCAAGAUCACCGUUACACAACCCCACGGCGAGCUGCUGCGCAUCACGAAUGGCGUGCCGGCGCCCAUUGGCAUUGAUGCCGACGAUGUGCCGUCUGCGAGGUCGACGCCGCGGCCAGGCAGCGCGGGCAAGACGACGCCUGCUGCUGGACCGCAGGACAAGAGGAGCCUGAGGAGCCACGAUGGCGGAUCACGGCUGAAAUCCGACCUGGCGACAUACUUUGCGAGCUACGAUGACAUAAUUGCUGGUGUUUCCAAGCCGGCGGGUAUGUGCAUCAUCUCUCUCAGUCCAACACGCUCACGCAAGCGCAAAGCCUCGCCCGCCCCAGACACGCCCUCCCACUCCACGACCUUCCAUGUGCUAGACUACGCCUCCAGCCUCAACAGCGUGUGCAACGAUGCCGCCUCCGACCCUCUCGCCGACGCAUUCUACUUUCCGCACCACCGCCGCGCCGAGCGCAAAGAGAAGCAGCUCCGCAACAUCGAGAAAGAGCGCGCCAUGCACGAGAAGCUGCAGCUCGAGCGCCUCCUCGACGGCCUUCAGGGUCCCGAUUGGCUGAAGGUCAUGGGCAUAACCGGCGUGACCGACGGCGAGCGCAAGGACUGGGAGCCGAAGCGCGACUUUUUUAUAAAAGAAGUCGAGGCGCUAGUCGACAAAUUCCGCAUCUGGAAAGAAGAAGAGAAGCGCUUACGCGCGGAGAAAGAAGCCGCCGCAGCAGCAGCCGAGGAAUCUUCCGAGGAAGAAGAGUCCGAAGAGGAUGAGAAGGAGCUACCCACACGCACAAAAACACCGGUACCUAGACGCCCGCCACGCCCGCAUGGCUUUCUGCUGCCCUUCAUACCGCCUGAACCCACGACGCCGUUUCUCGGGUUCUACGCCAAGACGCCGCAUUUGCGUGCCGCCGCGCUGGGCAAGAAUCGCCAUGGACGGAAUCUCACGGCGUUCGGGCUGCCGAUACCCGAGCCUGAGGAGAGGGAGUUUGAGGUGCCGGACGAGUUUAAGGAUCCGAAUGUUAUGCGGGAUAAUGCGAGGCAGCGGCGGAGGAGGAUGAGGGAGAGCAGGGCAGAGGCGAAGGACUGA